AUGAAUAUCUCACCACCGCCACCUCUAUCACAUCCACACCACUCAUAUUCCAGUCACCAAAACAACAACAACAACAAUAACAACCACCAUCAUAGCUCUAACAGCCAUAGUCAUCACAGUAAUAGCAAUAUGUACUCUCAGCAACAACAACAACAACAACAACCGCCGCCACCACCACCAUCCCAGCAACAUCAUUUAAAUUAUCAUAACACUUCAACUCCACCACCACCUCCACCAUUACAACAUCAUAGUGGUCACAAUAAUUCAUACCAUCAUCAAUAUAGUAGUGUGACGCAACCAAGUAUAGUUAUAAGCCAUUAUCCGCCACCACCUCCACCACCUCCAACGGUGCCACCUCCUCCACCUCCAUUACCUUCAAAUAAUACAAUCGAACAACAACAACAACAACACUAUAACAACUCUUUUCAAUCCAAUGUACCAUAUAAUAAUCAACAACACUCACCUCAACAAACCACCCCAUCAAAAAAAAAUAAUCCGCAUGCUUCUCAAAAUAAUAAAAAUUUUAAAAAACAAAACCCAUUCAAUGGAAAUACUACUGGUAACUCUACAGUUGUUUCAAAAAGUUUAACACCACCCUCUCAUAAUAAUGUAAAUAAUAACAAUAAUAAUAAUAAUAAUAAUAAUAAUAAUAAUAAUAAUAAUAAUAAUAAUAAUAAUAAUAAUAAUAAUAACAAUAACAACAAUAAUAAUAGCGGUAAGAAAUAUAAAAAUGAUCAAAGAAAAAGGUCAUCAAGUGAUAGUAAUGCAAAACGUAAUGGAGGUGGUAAUGACUAUUAUAAUCAUAAUAACUAUUACAAUAAUAAUAAUAAUAAUAAUAAUAAUAAUCACCACCAUCAUCAUCAUUCAAAUAGUAAUAGUAAUUAUUAUAAUUCAACUGCCGAAAACUAUAAUAACAAUGGCUAUUAUAAUAAUAACAAUAAUAACAAUAAUAAUGGUAAUAAUAAUAACAAUAAUAAUGGUAAUAAUAAUAAUAACAAUAAUAAUAAUGAACCAAUAUUCUUUAAGGAUUCUGAUAAAGCAAUACCAGAACUAAUGAAAGAAUAUUUAGGUAGCUACUCUGAAGUUCAUUUGGAUCCUCAUCCUCAACCAAAUAUUUACGCAAUAUUAAAAGAAUAUUUAAAAGAUUUCUCUGCUCAUAAAGAAGAAAGAGAAAGAAAUAAAUAUCAACCAACAAGAUGGCAAGAAUAUGCUAUAAAACUUUUUAUGUAUACUUUGAAAUUAAAAGAAUUUGAAUAUGCUAUUCAUAAAAAUGAUUUACAAAGCUUAUUAAACAGGGCAAAGAGUCAUAAAGAGAUUGAAUUGGAGAAUAUUAUCAAUAACUAUAUAUCAACAAUCAGUAAUAACAAUUGA